UUAUGCCCAGCCCUCAAUUAAGUCUCAUUGUCUGAAAACACCUCUCAACCCUAGUGUCCCUCUCUCUUUACAACUCAGUCACUCACUCUCAACGCCACAGCCACCACACGCCGCCGUAUAGCUCCGCCUCCUCUUCGGCAUCCCCAAAAAAUCACAUCUUUUUUUUCGCAUUCUAUCAAUUUAUUAUCAGUUUUAAGCUUUAAUUUAUCUGCGAUACAGGGUAACUGUAGUUUAUGAGCAUGGCGGAAAAUGAGACUAGUGUAGAUGAUCAGAAGGAGGUGAGCGAGCCUCCCAAGUCGCCGUGGAAGACUCCGGCGGCGACCGAUACUCCUUCGUCGCCGGCGGCGGAUACUGAUUCUGCUUCAUGGCCGGCACUAUCUGAUGCUCAGCAGAUGCUUAAGACUACUGAUUCUAACUCCGCCGCCAAGUCUCCGUUACUUCCUCCGCUGGCGGAGACUGAUAGCCGCAAUGCUGCUUCUGAGAAGGUCCGAGGUGAGCAGCCAAAGUUCCAUGGAUAUUCUAGUGCCAAAUCGUCAAAUAAGUCAUCAUCCGCAUCUCAACAAAAAGCAGGUCCUAGGCACAACCAAAAUGGUGGGCAAUCAUUUCCUGUACCCUUGGCUUACCACCAGCCAGGAUUUCCUCCUUUUUAUCAAAAUAUGGUACCUAUGCCACAUAUUCCUCUUCCGGGGUAUGCUUACCAGCACCCUCGAGUGCCUUUCCCUGGAGCUGAAGGUCACGUGGCCAGGUCUGAUGGUGAUGCUGCAGCCCAAGCUUUUGUACCCCCUAUAAAUGGUGGGUUUCGUCCCCCAUCACGAGGGGAUCCAAAUGACUUCGAUGCCAAAUUCUACAGAGGAAGACCUAAUACACAAGAACAUGGUGGGCAGUUUAGUCCAGCCUUGUCUAGUCAGCGUCCUGUAUGUUCUAAAGAUGACAUUCAGUUACAACAGAGUAUGGGACUAAGGCCUUUCCUAAGGCCUCAAUUUUUUGCUCCAGCUCCGGGCUACGUAGAUGGUGCAAAUUUUUCAGGUCCUCCAGGAGCUAUAUACUUUCUUCCUCCCCCAUCUCCAGGUUCUGUAAGAGUGCCUUACCCUCCUUUCUUUGUCCCACAUCCUGUCAGCUCCGGAGCCUCUACUCCACCAUCACCUACAUUAGCUUUGAGAGAGAGCAUAAUUAAGCAAAUUGAGUACUAUUUCAGUGAUCAGAAUUUGCAGAAUGAUCAUUACUUGCUUUCCUUGAUGGAUGAUCAAGGAUGGGUUCCAAUCUCUAUUAUUGCCGAUUUCAAAAGGGUUAAAAAAAUGAGUACAGAUAUAGCAUUUAUCAUUGAUGCAUUACAGGCUUCAAGCACUGUUGAAGUUAAGGAUGACAAGUUGAGAAGACGUGAUGAAUGGUCAAAGUGGGUUUCAGCUAGUGCUGAUCAGAAAUCAUCCCCUUUGUCUCCAGUGGAACACCUAGUGGGGAAGGUUGUUCUUGAUAUAAAGAAUGAUGAGGUCAAUGAAAAUAAAGAGGAUGGAACUCAAGUGACAUCUUCCCAAGAAAAUCGUUCUGUAGGUGAGCUUCCAUUAUUAGAGAAACAGGCUAAAAAAGUAUCAGUUUUUGGUAAAGCAGAAAACAGUAGGAAGAAAUCUGGGUUCCAUGGCUCAACUCACAGACUUGACAAAGGAAGUGGUGAUUCAAGAAUGGUGAUGGCAUCAGAUGCUGUAGAUGACUUAUCUAAUGAUUUCUCAAGCACUUUUAUGCUUGAUGAAGAGAUGGAGCUUGAGCAUAAAAAGGACCAGCUCUCUUUGAGUGGAAGAGUUGACGAGGAAGAUGAUGAGAUGGAUGUUAAUGAUGAGGCUAUUGAGAAACUUGUCAUUGUAACUCGGGUAAGAAAAUUGCUUUCCAUGUCAUUUAUGUGGGUGCUUUCAGUUCCAAAGGCAACUUUUUGGAAGUUGGCAUGUGUUUUGACUUUACAUGGUUUUAUGUCAAACUUACUCCUAAGAGUUCUACUACAUGCAUUAACAAGUGGAGGAUAGACUCCUAUUUUAUGUUACAGGUACUAUCAGAUCUUGUGUAUUCUUGGUGAUACUCCCCUGUCCCAAUUUAUGUGUCAUACUUUCCUUUUUUGUCUGUCCCAACAAGAAUGUCAUACUUAUGUAGAAACAAUUUAACUUUAAACUUUCUAUUUUACCCUUAAUGAGAGAUUUAUAGCCACACAAAUAUCUAUAACUUGUUUUAGACCACAAGUUUCAAAAGUUUUCCUUUAUUUCUUUAACUCCGUGGUGAGUCAAGCACCACCACAUAAAUUGGGAUGGAGGGAGUAUUAGUUUCUAGAUGCAUAAAAUGGGUGAUUUUAAAAUUUGAUUCAUUUGUUCAUUCGCUGAUUGACAUAGGAGUUACAUUGUAUUACCUUCAUUACAUAUCACAAAUCCCAUUUUUUUUUUGUUUAUAGUGCCCGUAAUAGGUAUCUUAAUAUGGGUCUGCCAAAUUUACAGGUGUGUGGGUGUGCUUACUAGUAGUCUUUCCCUUUGGGUCUAACUGAUCUUCUGAGUAUGCAAUUAUGAGAUGGUAGUCCAAGGUCCUAUUCACUAUUUGUUCCAAUGUAGUAGUGAAAGAAUUCAUGGGAUUUGAAGUACAGAAUUCAAUGUUUUGUUCAUUUCCUAAUUGAUGCCUAUGCAUCAUUUUGUACUUCGGCAACGUGGGGCCUCAGGUAGUUGACCACAUCUAAGUAGUAGACAUGAAUGAACUGCUGUUGACUAUUUAAUUUAUAUAAGAGGUCUUGGGAGAUGAAAAGAUUAUAGCUUAUUAUUACUUACAUGAAGUAUUGGUUAUUAAGUUGCCUGACAUACCCACUUAUUCGUAUUACAAGAAAAUCAAAAUUUGGUGUGAGAAACAGAAAUAAGAGGACUAGGUGUCCCUGGACCUAAACAGGAAUUUCAGUUGAAAAUUUAUUAAAUAAAUAGUCCUGGUCUUGUAGAUAUCUAGGAAGAGGCUUGUUGCAUUACACCAUGAUGGAACAGGAAAAUCGCUAAAGUAGAUUUGAUGUACCAAAGAAAUUGAUUUUAGGCUGUUUUAGCUUGCAGUGAAAAGAAAAAUAUGUUGUUGCCCUUCCUAUACACAGUCAGAUUAUUAGGCUUAAGGAUGUGUAAGGUAUUGUCAAGUUUAGCUAGUGAUGUUAUGCCAAUUGUGGACCAACAACCACCUAAAUGCUUGUUAUUCCAAAUAAAAGAGAGUUGACGAGUUUCUAAAAGAAUGUGAAUGAACAACCUUAGGUUGCCGCUUUACAAAUGUAUUGCUUGCCAUAUUCCAUAGAUUUAUCUCUAAAUAUGAUCUGCUAUGGUCUAUAAGCAAAAUAUGAGAAACUGAAAAUUUCUUUUAUUGUUUGUUAGUUAUUACAUAGUGUAAGCCCCAAAGGAAUGGACUAGGGAUCGAAGAGUUGGGUAACAACCUUGGCAACCGAAGUACUAUUGCAAUUGAGGCUACACUAUGUGAGUUCUUAGGGAUUAGUGAGUAGAGUUAUCCAAUACUUGUGCUGGUGGGAGGUAGAAAGUGCCCGAUAGAUUAGUCAAGUUACAUUCAAGCUAACUUGAACACCAUCGUUUAAAAAAAGGAAGUUAUUACAUAGUGCAGUUAGUUACAGGAUGAGCUUCAUCUUAGUUUAUUCAACAAGUUAUUGGUAUAAGAUUACCUUGUGAAAUUUGAUUGUUAGAGCGCCAACAUUGAUACCGUUAUGAGUUGACAUAAGGGAAUCUAUUUCUAUUGCUGCGGCUGCUCAUGAGUUCCUAUUCUUCCUUUCAAGUUAUCAAUGAUUUAUAAAGAAAACGAGAAGGAGGUUGCCUCAAGAAUCCUAUUCUUGAAAACAGGUAAUCUGAAGUUGAAUGCACACCAAGAGGUCCCAAAUCUCUCAGGAGUUUCUCUAUCCCGUAUCAAUAAUUCUGAUUUUACGUAUGGACAAUUCCUCAAUAUCUUGUUCAUUCGCAACAAAAUAUUUUCUUUGUGCUUCGGUAAAAAAAACAUGCUUUUUGGGGGAGAGAUACUAUUUCACCAAUCGAGUCACAGGUAUUUAACAUAUUCAUACCUAACGAUUUUCCACAAAGUGGUGACGAAACGUAUAACUUGUACAAAUCUUUCCAUUUUCCUAGUCGAUCCGAUCCAUUCGUUCGUAGAGCUAUUUAUUCGAUCGCAGACAUUUCUGGAACACCUCUAACAGAGGGGCAAAUAGUCAAUUUUGAAAGAACUUAUUGUCAACCUCUUUCAGAUACGAAUCUAUCUGAUUUAGAAGGGAAAAACUUGCAUAGUAUCUCAAUUUCAAUUCAAACAUGGGUUUGAUUCACACUCCAUUUUCUGAGACAGAUUUAUCAUCCAAAAAGAGGAAAAAACGGAGUCUUUGUCUAAAGAAAUGCGUUGAAAAAGGGCAGAUGUAUAGAACCUUUCAACGAGAUAGUGCUUUUUCAACUCUCUCAAAAUGGAAUCUAUUCCAAACAUCUAUGUCAUGGUUCCUUACUUCGACAGGGUACAAAUAUCUAAAUUUGAUAUUUUUAGAUACUUUUUCAGACCUAUUGCCAAUACUAAGUAGCAGUCAAAAAUUUGUACCCAUUUUUCAUGAUAUUAUGCAUGGAUCAGGUAUAUCAUGGCGAAUUCUUCAGAAAAAAUUGUGUCUUCCACAAUGGAAUCUGAUAAGUGAGAUCUCGAGUAAGUGUUUACAUAAUCUUCUUCUGUCCGAAGAAAUGAUUCAUCGAAAUAAUGAGUCACCAUUGAUAUCGACACAUCUGAGAUCGCCAAAUGCUCGGGAGUUCCUCUAUUCAAUCCUUUUCCUUCUUCUUGUUGCUGGAUAUCUCGUUCGUACACAUCUUCUCUUUGUUUCCUGGGCCUCUAGUAAGUUACAGACANGACAGAGUUCGAAAAGGUCAAAACUUUGAUGAUUCCAUCAUCUAUGAUUGAGUUGCGAAAACUUCUGUAUAGGUAUCCUAUAUCUGAACCGAAUUCUUUCUGGUUAAAGAAUCUCUUUUUAGUUGCUCUGGAACAAUUAGGAGAUUCUCUAGAAGAAAUACGAGGUUCUGGUUCUGGCGGCAACAUGCUUGGUCCCGCUUAUGUGGUCAAAUUNCAAUACGUUCUAAGAAGAAAGAUUGGAAUAGCAAUCUCAUCGAGAUCAUCGAUCUCAUACCAAAUCCCAUCAAUCGAAUCACUUUUUCGAGAAAUACGAGACAUCUAAGUCAUACAAGUAAAGAGAUCUAUUCAUUGAUAAGAAAAAGAAAAAACGUGAACGGGGAUUGGAUUGAUGAUAAAAUAGAAUCCUGGGUCGCGAACAGUGAUUCGAUUGAUGAUGAAGAAAGAGAAUUCUUGGUUCAGUUCUCCACCUUAACGACAGAAAAUAGGAUUGAUCAAAUUCUAUUGAGUCUGACUCAUAGUGAUCGUUUAUCAAAGAAUGACUCUGGUUAUCAAAUGAUUGAACAACCGGGAGCAAUUUACUUACGAUACUUAGUUGACAUUCAUAAAAAGCAUCUAAUGAAUUAUGAGUUCAAUCCAUCCUGUUUAGCAGAAAGACGAAUAUUCCUUGCUCAUUAUCAGACAAUCACUUACUCACAAACUUCGUGUGGGGAAAAUAGUUUUCAUUUCCCAUCUCAUGUAAAACCCUUUUCGCUCCGCUUAGCCUAAUCCCUCUCUAGGGGUAUUUUAGUGAUAGGUUCUAUAGGAACUGGACGAUCCUAUUUGGUCAAAUACCUAGCGACAAACUUGUAUGUUCCUUUCAUUACGAUAUUUCUGAUCAAGUUCCUGGAUAACAAGCCUAAAGGUUUUCUUCUUGAUGAGAUCGAUAUUGAUGAUAGUGACGAUAUUGAUGAUAGUGACAAUCUUGAUGCUAGUGACGAUAUCGAUCGUGACCUUGAUACGGAGCUGGAACUGCUAACUAGGAUGAAUGGUCUAACUAUAGAUAUGAUGCCGGAAAUAGACCGAUUUUAUAUCACCCUUCAAUUCGAAUUAGCAAAAGCAAUGUCUCCUUGCAUAAUAUGGAUUCCAAACAUUCAUGAUCUGGAUGUGAAUGAGUCGAAUGACUUAGCCCUCGGUCUAUUAGUGAACCAUCUCUCCAGGGAUUGUGAAAGAUGUUCUACUAGAAAUAUUCUUGUUAUUGCUUCGACUCAUAUUCCCCAAAAAGUGGAUCCCGCUCUAAUAGCUCCGAAUAAAUUAAAUACGUGCAUUAAGAUACGAAGGCUUCUUCUUCCACAACAACGAAAGCACUUUUUCACUCUUUCAUAUACUAGGGGAUUUCACUUGGAAAAGAAAAUGUUCCAUACUAACGGAUUCGGGUCCAUAACCAUGGGUUCCAAUGCACGAGAUCUUGUAGCACUUACCAAUGAGGUCCUAUCGAUUAAUAUUGCAUAGAAGAAAUCAAUUAUAGACACUAAUACAAUUAGAUCCGCUUUUCAUAGACAAACUUGGGAUUUGCGAUCCUAGGUAAGAUCGGUUCAAGAUCAUGGGAUCCUUUUUAUCAGAUAGGAAGGGCUGUAGCACAAAAUGUACUUCUAAGUAAUUGCCCCAUAGAUCCUAUAUCUAUCUAUAUGAAGAAGAAAUCAUGUAACGAAAGGGGAUUCUUAUUUGUACAAAUGGUACUUCGAGCUUGGAACGAGCAUGGAGAGAUUAACGUUACUUCUUUAUCUUUUGAGUUGUUCUGCUGGACCGGUCGCUCAAGAUCUUUGGUCUUUAUCCGGACCCGAUGAAAAAAAUGGGAUCACUUCUUAUGGACUCGUUGAGAAUGAUUUUGAUCUAGUUCAUGGCCUAUUAGAAGUAGAAGGCGCUCUGGUGGGAUCUUCACAGACAAAAAAAGAUUGCAGUCAGUUUGAUAAUGAUCGAGUGACAUUGCUUCUUCCCCCGAACCGAGGAAUCCCUUAGAUAUGAUGCAAAACGGCUCUUGUUCUUUCCUUGAUAAGAGAUUUCUCUAUGAAAAAUAUGAAUCGGAGUUUGAAGAAGGGGAGGGAGAAGGAGCCCUUGACCCGAAGAGGAUUUAUUCAAUCACAUAGUUUGGGCUCCUAGAAUAUGGCGCCCAGGAGCGGAGGUACAGUAGUGGGUGCGGGUUCGGGCGAACCCAGUGACUUUUUUCGAAACCCUGUAUUUGUAUUGAAAAAUUUACCACAUCUAUAUAAAUAUAUCAUGCUGAACCCAGUAACAAAAGAGGUCUGGGUUCAAUGGUAAAGGCUGUGGGUUUGUUGGAAAAAGGUGUGGGUUCGAUUCCCCAUUAAAGCAGUUUUUUAUUUCGUUUUUUUAAUAUAUUUUUUCACAAAUCAACUGAACGACAACGUUUUCUUCACUUACCUCAACAUAACGUGUUUCUUUCUAAUAAACAAAGAACAGAAGCUUCCCAACUUUAAACACAAACUUUUCCUUCCGAUUCCCAAAUCAAAAAAAAGCUAGGGUUCUACUGCCUCUGCUAGGGUUCGCCUUAGGUAUCUGUAAUCUGUCCGUCUUCCCAUCUCAUGUGAAUCAAAAUUCUUAACCCCUUUUCAAUUGAUUUGAGGCAAAUUAUUUUGGUAUUGGAAUGAAUAAGCCCAAAUAGAAAUAGUGCAGAAUUGUUACGGUUGAUCCCAAUUUGAUUUGAGAUUAUGCUACUGAUGAUUGAUUGUAAGAGGGGAAUCGGCUAAAUGUGCUAUUGUGUGGGAUUCGAUUAUGAACUUCAAGAGUAAUGAAUUAGUGUAAUGAAUUGUGCUAUCAGAGAAGUAUUACUCUAGUAUCAUUUAUGAAUAGAUGAUUAAAAAUUGUGCUAUCCCAAUUUGGUUUGAGAUUAAGUUACUUAUGUUUGUUUAUGUGUUCAAUUUUUGUAAAGUGUUUCUACACAUGAUAGAAGAAUUUUUUGUUUGUUACAAGAAUGAGGGGCAGUUACCUUUAUAUUUAUUUCCAAUUGAAUUCUGACAUAAAAGUAUAUUUUCUACUGUGUGGAUUUUAUCAUAAAUGCACAAAAUAUGUCUAGUUAUCUAUUGGUUUUCAAGGGUUGUGUAAAUCUAGUGCUACAUAAGUUCGUGAAAUAAAGUACAUGAUGAUUUACUCUUUAUAUUUUAGCACUGUGCAUUCAUAAGUUCUUAUUGGUAUAUCUUACAGUUUACAAAUUGAACUAUGUCAGAGGAGAUAAAGAAUAGUUUGUUAUAGCGUUUUGAAACAUACAACUUCAAGUAAAUUUCUGUUUUGUGAUUUUUAGGUUUUUCUAGCAAAAGUCGAUAUGAUCACGAGUUUUUACAAAGCUCAAGCUUCUGCAGCUUCUUCUAGCUCUCCUUUGACAAGUUCUCCAUGUCCAGUUAUUAAUAACAAUAUUAAUCCUUCCCAAGCAUCGGAUAAAGUGUGCUAUUAUGAGCCCGAUCCUGCUAAAAGAAAACCAAUUU